AAUCUUCUGCAGUAAUAACGCAGUCUCAGAUACACUUUACAGCACUUGGGCAUUCGCCUGCUGCUAUCACGCAUAUUAGUUACUGCUUCUAUCUUGGACCCUGCCAUUCGUCCGCGUCGCGCCGGUCUUUCCUAUCCCGUGCUUCAUGCCGUAAUUCGUCGCGACAUCGACAAUGGGAGAAGAAACAGCGCCAGAUGACACGUCAGCAGGAGCGGAGGCGGCGCGCUUUGUGGUGGGGUCCAAGAUAUGGGUGGCGCAUAAGAAGGCGGCGUUCGCUGCAGCUGAGGUGACGGCAGUGCAGGACAAUGGGGAGACUAUCGAGGCGAUCCUCGUGGAUCCCAAGGGCGACGAGAAGGUCCUUAUCCCCGCUAAGGAGUGCUUCCCUAGGGAGGAUGACGAGGAAAAGGACCCCAAGGACGAUAUGGUGAAGCUGGAUCACCUGCACGAGCCAGGCGUGCUGCACAAUUUAAAGAGGCGAUACGUGCGCAAUGCCAUAUAUACGUACACAGGAACCAUUCUUAUCGCAGUCAACCCCUUCAUCUACCUGCCGGGCCUCUACCACCCCCAGCUCAAGAGCCAGUACCGCAAUGUGCCUCUGGGGCAGCUCAGCCCUCACGUGUUCGCCAUUGCUGACCAUGCUUACAGGUCCAUGAGAGAAGCAGGGCGCAGCCAGUCGGUGCUGAUCAGUGGGGAGAGCGGAGCCGGCAAGACAGAGACGACCAAGCUGGUGAUGGAGUACCUGGCGGGGGCAGGCGUGGCGGAUAAGGCUGCUGCUGCUGCAGCGGGGGCUGCAGGGGCGGUGGGCAUGGGGGGGGGAAGGAGAGGGAGGCGGGGAGGAGGGGGAGGUGGCGAAGUGGGGGUGCCUGCAGCGUCAACUCAGUGUGUGGAGCGAGUGUUGGAGUCCAACCAAGUCCUGGAGACGUUUGGAAACGCCAAGACAAUGCGUAACAAUAACUCCAGUCGCUUUGGCAAGUUCAUAGAGAUUCAUUUCGACAAGGAGGGCAGGGUGACAGGAGCAGCCAUCCGCUCGUAUUUGCUGGAGCGGUCCAGAGUGGUGCAGAUCGGUAGUCCUGAGCGUUCCUACCACUGCUUCUACCAGCUGCUCUAUGGGGCCACGCCCGAGGAAGCAGAGAAGUUUUCUCUGCCCACAGAGGGCGAGCGGGCACAAAACUUUUACUACCUGUCACAGAGCGACUGCUACGAGCUGCCCGGAAAGAACAACAAUGCGAUGGAGUAUGAGCGGACACGCGCUGCCAUGAAUGUCAUGGGGUUCGACCCAGAAGAACAGGUGGGCAUAUUCACAGUGGUGGCGGCCAUAAUGCAUCUGGGCAACUUGGACUUCACUCAGCCUGAAGCCACUGAGGGGGGAGGGGAGCAGCCCCCGCUGGUUGCCAAGAACGACAAGGCAGAGGCUGCAGUCAAGACCGUGGCACGCCUACUUGAGUGCGACGAGGCUGCGCUGUGGGAGUCUCUUGUGACGCAGACGCGCAAGUUCGGCCGCGAGGUCAUCAAGAGCCCGCUGGACCCCAAGAAGGCCGUUGCCAAGCGAGACACUCUCGCCAAGUUCCUCUACUCACGCCUCUUCGACUGGAUUGUCUCGAAGGUCAAUGAGAGCAUUGGUCAAGACCCCAACCCCGCGUCUAUCAUCGGAGUCCUGGAUAUUUAUGGGUUCGAGCACUUCGAAGUCAACAGCUUUGAGCAGCUGUGCAUCAACCUCACGAAUGAGAAGCUGCAGCAGCACUUCAACUCGCACGUGUUGAAGCAGCAGCAGGAGGAGUAUGAGUCCGAGGGCAUAGACUGGUCUCGGAUCGAGUUUGUGGACAACCAAGACGUGCUCGACCUGGUCGAAGGG